UAGCGGGCUCCAGGUGCUGGCACGAGCCACAGAGAGGCGUCACUGCCACAGCGAGCACGACAACGGUGGAGACGAUGGACUGCAAGCAGAACCAGCACCUGUUGGUCGAGGCCCACCUGCAGUUCGUUACCUCAAUGAAGAACCCGCCAGUGUUGGACUCGAAAUGUCGAGGGGUCACGGAGGGCGUGUGCCUUCACCUUCAAAUGAUGUCCACAGUGCGCGUAAAACGGAAUAAAAACGCACAAAACGUGCUGAACCUUAAGCGGGUGCAGGAGCUGGAAACCUGGCUGAAGAGCACCGAUACGAAGCUGACUCAAGUGAACGGCCAGAGGAAGUAUGGAGGACCACCUGAGGUGUGGGACGGGCCCACCCCAGGAGCCCGCUGCGAGGUCUUCAUCAGUCAGAUUCCACGGGAUGCCUACGAGGAUCUGUUGAUCCCUCUGUUCAGCUCCGUGGGGCCCCUCUGGGAGUUUCGGCUCAUGAUGAACUUCAGCGGCCAGAACCGCGGCUUCGCCUACGCCAAAUACGGCUCUCCGGCUGUAGCUACCGACGCCAUCCGGCUGCUGCACGGCCACAUGCUGGAGCCCGGCUUCCACCUCAGUGUCCGCCGCAGCACAGAGAAAAGACACCUCUGUGUGGGAGACCUGCCAGCCUCGACCAGGCAGGAGGACCUGCUGCAGGUGCUGCGUGUGCUGACGGAGGGGGUGGAGAGAGUUUCUCUGAAGACCGGGCUUGGUAUCGAGGGGGUGUCUGCUAUAGUCGCCUUCUCAUCCCACCACGCUGCCUCCAUGGCCAAGAAGGUGCUGGUAGAAGCAUUCAAGAAGCACUUCGCGCUGACCGUCUCAAUCAAGUGGCAGUCAGCAGUGAAGUGGAGCCCGGAUGAGCCAACCGCUCCACAGAAACCUUCGAAGGGCCACCUGCCUUCGCCCGUCAAGCCGCCGCGGCACACCCUCAACUCUACCCAGCCCUCUGUCCUGGACUGCCCCCAGUCCGUCCUCUCUGGCUUCUGCAGAGCAGUAGGAGGACCUACUGCGCCCCAGCACCCUCCCCCUUCCAGCUGCUCCACCUCCUCCUCCUCCUCCUCCUCUUCCCAUCUUGGGCAUCUUGUGUCUGCAGUAUCGUCCACAUGCCCCAUGAUGCUCCUGCGUAAGAUGUGUGAGGCAGCUCGGCUUGGCCAGCCGCUCUAUGAGAUGCACUACAGCCACGCUGGGCCUGAUGGAUUCCUCUACGUCACCUAUAAGAUGUGCAUCCCCGGGAUGAGCAUGGCCUUCGAGGGGGUGGUUAUGGUCUUGCCAGGACCCACUGCCACCGCCACGCUGGAGGAGGCUCGUCGGGCUGCAGCCCAGCAGGUCCUGCAGAGGAUUCACCAGAACCAGUUCGCCCACUGAAGCUUCUCAGUUGGUAUGCAGUUCACAAACUUCUACUGCCUGUUCCUCGCUCCGUUUGUUUUGUUAAUGAUGUUCUAUCAAAAAAAAGACAUUUGGUCUUAUGUGUUGUUUGUUAAUUUAUGCAUGCUUUUAGUAGUAAUAGAACUUGUUUGUCUGGUUUGAACUAAAGUGGUUUUGUGUUUUAUGCCUUAUUUUUAUUGUGUGUUACUGCUGGUUCCUCAUUUUAAUUAAAUGAGAUUUGAAAAGAAAA